UGCACAGUUGGCUACAUGUAUUUCCUGCAAGUCCACACUCUCUCCGCGGAAGGGCUGAGCCUCUCCCAUUGGAACGCAGCAGCAGCACCCUCGAUCACCCCGAUGGUUGUUUCAACUCGUCUACUUUUAAUUUGGCGUCACUUUACCAACAGUAGAAUGGGAGACAUGGCUUUUAAAUUAAGUCUACCUUCCAAAGAAACUGCUCUCCCCGGAAGCAACGAAAAGAUACACGUUUCAGUGAAGCAUCACGUUAAUGGAAACAGGACAGUAGAGCCAUUCCCUGAGGGACUGCAGAUGGCCCUGUUUGGCAUGGGCUGUUUCUGGGGAGCGGAGAGAAAAUUCUGGACACAGAAAGGUGUCUAUUCCACACAGGUGGGCUAUGCUGGUGGAUACACACCUAACCCAUCCUAUGAGGAGGUCUGUUCAGGUAAAACUGGUCACACUGAGGUAGUUCGAGUGGUGUACAAUCCAGGAAAAGUUUGUUUUGAAAAGCUACUGAAGGUGUUUUGGGAGAGCCAUAACCCUACACAAGGUAUGCGCCAAGGGAAUGAUGUAGGAACUCAGUACCGUUCGGCCAUCUACACUUACACUCAGGAACAAAUGGACAUGGUCAACAGAUCUAAAGAGGAGUACCAAAAGCAUUUGAUUGAGGGAACUGCUGCUAGUACUACAGCCUUGAAGUAGAUUGAUGUCAAGAGUCGCUCAGCCAAGCAAAGUGAACCAGAAACACGUUGGGGGGAACCAGAAAUGUCAUAGAAAUGUGUUUUCAAGGCUUGUAAGUACACCCUGACUUUACUGAAAAUUAGGUACUUGGGUAUAAACCUCAGAAAUGCAUUGAGAUCUGACACAAGUUUGGACCAGCCGGUGGUCGCCUUCCAGCAACAUUGGCACUGAGUGUUAACAGGCUAUGUGUCUCCCGUUUUCAAAGUUUAAAAACCCGACUGUCCUAUCUACAACCGGACAGUUGGCAACCCUAAGGCCUCAGCCUUGCCACAGACAGUCAUUAACAUUUUCCCAUCUGUGAGGAGUUAGGGGAGUGCUUUGAUGCGGGUAAUUUAUUCCUCUGAAAAAUACUUUUUUUUUCUACUUGAGGAGCAAUGAAGUUCCUGACACAUGACUUAAAACCAACCCUUCCAUCACUGCUAUGUUUUGUUGGCCCUCUACAGUAUAGGUGCAAACAAAUUGUGAGGAGGUUUUUGUUUUGAGAUAAAGUACAAGGAUUCAUGUAGGGAUGAAAAGCUUGUAAAAUAUCAUGCACUAGAACUAGAAGAGGUUCACCAAGAGAAAGGCCUUGGUGUUAUGAUAUACUCAUCACUGUCAGCAACCACAUAGUGCAGGAAAGCAAGCAAAAAAGCAAACAGAAUGCUUCAGUAUAUAGGCAAGGGGAAGAGGAAAGUCAGUGGGCGGUCUGUUGUUACGUCACGGCUGCAUGUACAAGCAACAAACAGCAAAUACCAAUGGGAAGGGAAACUCCUUUUAUACAGAAGACACAAAGCUUGGUAAAAAAAAAAAAAAAAAAUCAAGUAAUGAGGAGCGAAACAUUAUAAUUUUUUUUUCCACACAAUCAUUAAUCCCAGUGCUACACUUGACCGUCACCAUUUCCACCAGCAUUGUGUCAGUACUUAAAUUUCUUGAAAAAAAUCUGUUACAAAUCUGUGAUUCAAUAAACUGUUGCUGUCAGUCUGUACAAGGAGCUCCGGCACAUUGCUUUCUGUACUAUAUCAGUAGCAAUUGUGUAGCAUGUGGGCAUGUGUUAAUGGUGAGUUCUCUUAUACUGGAUCAAAAGGAGCAAUUACGCAGAGCUGAUUUGUAGAUUUCCAUUGCCUCUGAUCUGCAGCACAUGUUUUUCACACUGAACUCUUUUUAUUUGCCUGUCAAAAUAAUAAGGAUGUUUAGUCUUUACAGUGGCCCUGAUGUGCAAAACACAAAUACAAAUUGAAAAGCACAAAACAAAUAAAAAAGCACGAAUACAAAUAGAA